AUGGUUCUCAAUGUCGCCGCGAUGCUCACACGCUUGGAAGACCAAGCAAUCUCCGACCGCGUCUUCCUCGACCAGUGCCUCGACGACUACCCUGAGGUCGCUGAACACCAAGACAACAUCCCCGAUUCGUCAUGUCCGGUCCUGGACAGAGUCAGCAACGACUCCGGCGAAGAAGGCGUACGAGUCAUGACGAACUUUACCCGGCGUGAGUUUGACGUGCUCUGGGCCGUGGCGGAGCUCCCACUCAAGGCGCGUUGGAACGACGGCCGCGGGUCCAAAUCGAAGACAACACCAAUGGACGCCCUCUUCAUGACAUUGACAGUGCUCAAGCACUACGACACCUGGGAGAAGCACGCGUUGGACUUUGGGUUCAAAGCCCCCACGUUCCAAAAGCUAAUUCUCCGAGUUGUCGAAGUGGUGAUGCCUGUCUUUUACGCCGAGUUUGUUAAGAUGCCCAACAUGUCGGCGUUGCGCGCACAAGGCCAUACCUUUGGAAACUAUCCCUACGCCCUCUACGCUACCGUCGUAAAGUUCCAGUCCACCGAGCGACCGGCCGGACGCCAUGGCGAAGCCAAGCCGUACUUUAGUGCGAAGCACAAGUUGUACGGCUUAAAGAUUGAAGCGUCCGUCUCCCCCCAAGGCCUUCUUGUGGACAUGAGCGAAGCCCACCGUGGAGCCGUUGCGGAUCUGACCAUCAUGCGGUCACGCAUGGAUCAGCACAUUGGAGCCCUAGCCAAGUCGGACAACGAGCUCAGCAUCUUGGAUCAUGGAGAGCAAAGGUACUACGGCGCUUCGGUGGACGUCCGUGCAAUUCAUCCCAAGAAGAACCCGCCGCGUGGCAUGUUGGACCCUGAUGACGUCGUGCGGAAUCGUCGUGUGUCGUCCGAUCGUGUUGUGAGUACCAAGUUCUAUGAUGAGAUUCAGCGUCUCACGUUUGCAUUGACGAACUUUCAUGUAUCGUUGAUGCCUCUGUGGGAAGCGGACAGACACUGGUACCGCUCUGUGUUUGCGCGCUAUGAGUCUAUGGUCCAGGCUACGGCGGCGAAGCGUGCGGAAAGUCAGCGGAAGUCGUGUCUUCGUCGCAUGCAACGAAUUGCGUUGACAGUGAGUCGUGGUCGUAACCACUCUCAUGUUUUCACGUCUCCGUAA